CCUCCAGGCGUCGACAGUUCACGAGUCUCCCAAGUCGACAAGACGUCUUAACUCACCCAGUUUAUGCACGGUCUCUGAGACAGGACAACGUCAGAAUUACAAGUCGAUCUAUCUUCGAUUCUGUCCCAUCUUGCAAAAGUCAUCCAGCGCGUCUACCUGGUAAUAGACGCGACGCUCGAAUUUCCCGAUCCGAUAAACCGAGCUCGUCGCGUAACGACCACCAGCGGCUUUUUUUUUCGUGCGCGAUAUAUACAUUGGUCGACGUGGCAUACUUGGUGGACCAUCUGUCGCGAUUAUAUCAUCGAUGAGUUCGUGAUCACAUAGAGUGAUUUGUCUGAUCUGAAAGAAUGGAAGUCGAGUCCCCGAACGGGUUGCGCUCCUCCAGCCCGGCCUCUGAGCCGGAGCAGAACGGCGCGUCAUCUCCGCCAGCAAACCGAAGGAAAUCCAGUCGCGCCAUUCGGAAGCCGGAGCUGUUCUCGCAAGCAAGCUACAGUACGAGCAAACGCAAGCGCGGCACACGACGCGACAGCGACGAUGACAACGAUGGAGACGACGGAGACGGAGAGGAGGGGGAGAACACAGAGGAGGAGGAGGAGAGCGAUGAAGAUGAGGAUGACGAUGACGAUGCAGAUGAGGAGGAGAUAAGGGCCAGGAGAAAAGCAGCGCGCAAGGCGGCAGCGAAGAGGAAGUCGACAACAAGGGGGAAAGGGAAAUCACAGACACGCGCGACGAAGAAGCCCAAGAUAGCUACCAACGGUACUGGAAGACGCCUUGCCAUCAGAAGUGCUACAAACGGAAAACAGGCAUCACGGCCCAGCAGGCCGCUGGUGAAGCCUAAUCUCAGCGGCCCCGAAGAGGGCUUAUUUGGCGAGGUCUUUGUCAAAGAUCAUCCGCUCGAUGCAGUUGCAGCUGACUGGCUUACUCAAUGUCAGCAGGACAAUGUCAGUGCGCUGCGUGACAUGGUCAAUUUCAUUCUCAGAUGCACUGGAACAGAUCUCAAAGUGACCAAUGCGGACAUUGAAGAUGUUGAUAACAUCCAGAGGAAAGUCGUUGACCUGGAGGAAGAAUACAGGGCUCAGGACAUUAGCGAAUACCCGCUUAUCUCGAGGGCAAAGGAAUUUCGUAAUUUCCGGUCAACGCUGGAAGAGUUCUCGGAGAACAUUAUACAGACUCUGCACCAUUCAUCUAUCCUUUACGAGGACAAAGCGCUCACCGAUAAUAUCUUUACAUGGGUGGGUACAAUAUCAGAUUCAAAUCUGAGGCCAUACCGGCAUACUGCAACCUUGGUUUCUUUGUCGAUGUCCUCAGCCUUGUGUGAUAUCGCCCAUGAAGUGACGUCCACUAUAGCAACCUCUCGCAAACAAUUCGAAGCCGAGAAAAGGAAAAAGACGGCCAAUAAAGGUAGAAUGACGGCGAUUCAGCAAGCCAUUCAGGAAGGCCAAGAGAAACUAGAGAAAAUUGAUGAACUGCUGAAAGAUGCAUUCACAAACGUCUACGUGAAUCGAUACCGGGAUGUCGAGCCGAAAAUCCGUGCAGACUGCGCGCUUGCCUUGACUCGCUGGAUGCGCAGCUACAGAGAGAUGUUCUUUGAGGGCCAGUACCUCCGGUAUCUUGGAUGGACACUAUCAGAUACCGUGGCGCAUACGAGAGCUGUGGUGGUUGCAGAAGUGCGCAAACUCUUCGCAAGCAGGGAUAAUAUCCCAGCUCUGCGGGCAUUCAUAGAUCGAUUCCGAUCCAGGUUGGUGGAAAUGGCUACGCGAGAUGCAGACGUCGGCAUACGUGCACACACAGUUGAGGCUUUAGAUCUCAUCCGGGACGCCGGCUUACUUCAGCCCGACAAUAUCGACACUGUUGGCCGGCUUGUGUUUGACAUGGAACCCAGAGUUCGGAAAGCGGCAGGCCGCUUCUUCGUCGCUAAUGUCGAGGACGUCUUUGACGCAGAAACUGAAGAGGUCGCUGAAGAACUAAACGAAACAUUUGCUGACGAUGAUAAUGAGGACGAUGAUGACUUUGAGUCUCCUAGACGCUCGUGGAUCAAGUACAGGUGCCUCGUCGAUAUCCUGCAGGCCUACGAUGAGCAGGAAGCACAGGGCAAUCCAGAGAAAGCCACUAUUCCCUCACGAGGUUUCCUGACCGGUGUUCCCACAGACUCACGAUUCGUGCUUGCCACAGAAGCUAUAUAUCCACACCUCAAGGAACUCGCACAAUGGCAGUCCUUGGCCGGAUAUCUACUUUAUGACCACUCGCAGAUCGCCGAUGAACCGAAUGCUGAUGAUACGGCUGGUUCGAUCAAAAAAUUGUACAAACUCGAAGAAGGGCAGGAGGUGAUACUGCUUGGGGUAUUGGGUUGUGCAGUCAAGCUUCGAAUACUGGAAAUUGCCCAGGCUGAGAGCGAUAGACGAGGGCGCAAGUCCAAGCUUCAGCAGGAAAAGAUACCAGAAAUGCAGGAAGAAAUCGCACAUGACUUAGCUCAGAUUAUCCCACGACUCCUGAACAAGUUCGGUGCCGUCCCAGAAGCUGCUUCAGCCGUCUUGCGCCUAGAACACUUGGUCGAUCUGAACAAGAUACAAGACUUCCAGAAAGACGCGACCGCUUAUUCCUCAUUGCUGAAUGAUAUCAAUAAGCAGUUCUUGACGCAUUCUGAUCAUGAGGUUCUCGCUGAGGCAACAGUCGCCUUUUUACACGCAAAAACAUCUGAUGAAAUGAAAGAAAUCAUGGAGAGUAAAGUUCAGGAACUGUGGGAUGACAUGGUCGAUACGCUUGCUGCGCUGUCACGAGAGAAGGAUGUUGAGAGAGGAGCUGCUCUUUCCCGCUCGACGCUCACCGGGCUCGCGAACACCGUGGCGAGGAUAGCAAAUCUUGCCAGUAUAACUGAUUGCACGAGCAUUCUAGAGACUCCUCCCUCUUCGAGGUCGAAGAAGCAGAAAGGCCGCUCCGAGGCACCUUUCAAUACGUUGAUCCAUCUCGCAAAACGAGGACUGAGCGCUUAUGAUGCAGAUGAGGAUGACGAAGACCAAGAGGAACUAGCUAGGCUGGAGAAGGAGUUGGUUUCCGACAGCAUCAGAACGCUUCUUUUCUACUUCAUGUGGAAGGUACAGGGUUUGACUGCAGCUCUAAACUCGGGAAGCGCUGCCUUUGAUACGGCUUUCUUUGAGGCUCUCGCUAAAAGUCGCGAGGUCUUUGUCGCAACCCUCACAUCUAUCAUGCGGAAACGGGGUGGUCUGGAUGACUUGCGCUUCAUGGCGACUGUAACUCUUCUCGACGUGCAUAUCCUCUUCGCGACCCUCCGCCGGGCAGGUAAGGGUGGUGAAGAAGCCUCGAACAUCGAUGAGGAGGUUAUUGCACAAAAACAAAGUCUGGUCCACGAAAUUGCGCCAGAAACUCAAAAACUUAUAUUCCGCAUCCAUAGUUCCGCGGAGCGCAGUUUGGCCAAUUUAACGCGUCAAGCGCUUGAGCCAGCUGAGGAUGAUGAUCCCUUGGACUCUGACGAUGAAAUCGAUCGUCCACCGGUUGACCCAGCAGAGGAACAACAAGUUGAUGAUCGACUCCUUGCCAGUGUCCUUGCUGAGCAGAAACUAUGCGAGCUAACAGGGAAGAUUGUCCUGGCAAUGGUGGGACACGUCAUCGAUUCGAGACAAUACAAACAGAGGCUACUCAAAAAUAGGACCCGUCUAGGUCAUAAUUAUAAAGAGGUUCUUGCGUUCCUGGACGGGGGCAAGCAGGCUCGCCGAGGACUAUCCACGGAGAAGGAGGCUGACACUGGAGUUAACAAGGACUCCGACAAAGUAAAGUCUACCGAAAGAGUAGCUGAGGAAGAUGACGAAGAAGAGGAACCAGAAGAGGAGGUGGAAGAAGACGACGAAGGCGAUCUACGGAACAGGGAACUUGUCGAAGAUGAGGAACCAGAACCUGGUGAGGAUGAUAACGAAGAAUUGAGUCCGCCGCCUGACGAGGAUGAUGUCAUGGGCGAUUAGUCUCAACUCCUUUUCUCAUUUCUGUAACCUUUUUAAUCUUUACUGGUCCUUCUUAUGUUGAUAUGUGAUUCCUAUUUGAAACAGCGGCGGGUGAAUCUUAUGUAUUUGCUGGAUGGAUGGACCGAGUUGCUACUGCCAUACUUCUAACUUUGUAAUGUUCUGAACCAUGAACAUAUUUGGACCCUCUGAAUCGGUUUGGACACUCCACAGAGACUAGCUUGUAGAAAAUUUAUAUCUAAAGUGCUGGCUAUGGCUAGUAUGUCUAGACAAUCAAGAACAUCAG